UUACGAUCCUCCAUAGUACCGCAGUUAAAAUAAAAAUCGGAGCUAAACGCGCAAUACAUUGUCGCAUUUUUAUUUACGGAACAAUUUUUUUUUUUUUUUCAUUUUGCCUGCAAGACAAGUGAUUCCGUGAUUCCGUUAUAAUGAUGAAAACUAUAUUAAUUAAGUUAUUGUGUUAAAAACAAAAAAAAAAAAAAAUUCCGAAAAAGAAGAACAAGAAGAAGAAGAAGAAGAUUCGAAAUCCAUUUAUAACUCAAUUGUAGAGAAUAUUCAAAUUCGAUUCAAUUCGGAUUUUACAAGGCAAUAUUAUAUAUAAAUACACUUUGGCAAUACUUUGAUUGUGGAACUUUAACAUGCAUCUUAAGGUAAAGCGUAAUAAUGCGAAGGAGGCGAAAGCUUUUGAAGAAUUUUAAACCACAUUGAAAAUGGAUAUAUUCGGUUGGCAUGGAGGCACAAGCGCGGCAACAACAACAUUUGCAACAACGUAAUCAAUCGCAACAACUUUUACAACAUCCCUUAAGUAAAACUCAGCAAAAUUUAUUGGAUAAAAUCAAGGACGAAGUAAAUGGUCAAGAGCAACAACAAUCGCAAUUAAAUCAUUCGGCAAAUGUGCUCUUAGAGAGGCAAUCGCCUAACGAACAUCAAAAUCCGCACAAACAACAACAAGUGCAACAAUUAACUAGUCAUUCUACGCGAUCACAGCAACCGCAGCAACCGCAGCAACAAGCUCAAGCUCAAGCUGCUGCCUCCUUAACGUCAUCGCAACAGCCGGCCAGUGUGGUGAUACAAGUUCAACCAACUAAUCUACAAACAACAUCGCAAACCAACGAAGACUUUAUACCCCCGCUACCGCGUACGCAACAUCGACGAAUCCUAACUACAUCGGGAGAACUUGUUAGCGAUCAAAGAGAAACUGAACAAACUGAACAAGCCAAUGAAUAUCAUGGCCAUCAUUCCCCAGAUGAAUAUGUACAAAUGGCUCGACAUCAUGAAGAUCAGCAAUCUGCUCCGGAUUCCACAGACUAUACGUACAUUACCGACGAAAAUGGUCAUAUGUUAUGUGCUACGGAGAAUGUUGGCGCCAUAAAAUUAGAAUCAAUAGACAAGGAACAGGUAACGGUCGAGUCGCAACAACAACAACAGCAACAUCAACAUCAUCAUCAUCAUCAACAGCAACAACAGCAUCAAUGUCCUACACCCGGUACCUAUGGGGAGCAAUUGAUCGUUUCGGCGACAGCUUUACAUCAUCAAAAUCCGCAUCAUCUUGCCGGCACCGCUCUUAACCACGGUAAUCACGCGUCACCUUUAUUGCGUUUUGAAGACGAUGGGCGAUUCGCUUCCGCGAUGAACGAUCAUGGUAAUGGACCUCCAUUAUAUUAUGAUCCGCCAGUGGUCGACGCACCAACGCAUGCCAAUGAAGCCAAAACGUUUACUGACCUUGGUAACUCACAUUAUUUAAAUUACGGUCCCACAUCUUCAUAUCAAUUGGGUCCUGGCAAUGCUGUCUACAGUGUUGCAGCGCCGACGCAAUUAAUUAGUAAAUCUGAUCCAAAUUUGAGUUUAGUACGACAACCCACGCAAUACCAAUCGAUGCCAAUAUUUGAUUCAGUCAAUACCUCGGUACAAGAACAAGGUCUUUGGCCCUCGUCCGCCGUAGAAUAUCAAAGUUUUAAUUAUUAUCAGCAGGUAGUAGAAGAUUAUCCACCGGGCAAUAUAACAACAUCAAGUUGGCCUGGCCCUACCUCCAUGGUGCCGUAUGAGACUGCUUUAGCAUCUCCCUUAACCGAUGUAAAAUGUGAAAAUUGUAAUUCUCCCUUAAUGCGUAAAGGAAACGAACUAUUUUGCUCGCUCUGUUACACCUCCACACAACUUAUUCGUCAAAAUGUGCGCAUGGCCGCGAGACAAUCAAAGCCAAAGGCAACGGUGGCGGCGAAUAAUCGACGUACCGGCGUUACUUGUGCCAAUUGUCAAACUAAUUCCACGACUUUAUGGCGCCGCAACAAUGAAGGCAAUCCAGUAUGCAAUGCUUGCGGUCUUUACUUCAAGUUACACAACAUGAAUCGUCCCUUAUCUAUGAAAAAGGAAGGCAUACAGAAACGUAAGCGCAAACCCAAAAAUAAUGGCGGCGGUGCCCCGCUAAGGCCACAAUUGCCAAGCAUACAACUCAAUGGACAUUUAAGCGGAAGCCCUUUAUAUCCGUCACAGGUUGCAACUAUUGGUCUGUCAAUAAAUCCGCAAACAAAUGCACCCGACCUUCCGGAUAUGUCCACAAACGGCAACCGUACGAUCUCAAUAGCGCCAGAAAUAACAUUAAAUAUGUCUCGUUCACAUGUAGUACCAUCAGAUAAUCACUCGCCGUACAAUAAUUCACCGUCGCAAAGUAAAUCACCUCACCUGAAUCAUUCGACGACUUUAAAUCGUCAAAUUGCGCCAACAGAAGCACCGCGCACGACUACUAGCGAAAUACCUACGAGCGUUAUCACUCGUACUGGUCUGCCGGAACGUUCUUCGAAUAAUUAAAGCCUUUUUAAAAAUCUAUUAUAGAAUAGAGAAU